CGUUUGUAAACAGCAUUCACAUGUGGUAUGGUGAAUACUGCGAACGAAAAACACGUUUUUGCUGUUGAUUUCCUUUGAAUUAUUAAAAAAACAUCGAUAGGAAAGUGCCAUUUUGCCAUUUAAUACGUUGAUAAGUGUUUAUCAUAGUUGAGUGAGGCUUACUGCCUUUAAAUCUGUAAAAUCAUGGUGUACGUUGAACCGUCUUUUCCACGCGGCCGAAAGGUAGAAACGGAAGAAGACAAGCAACCGCGGAAGAAAUUCAAAAAGAAUACUGAAUAUGGCGCAUCUACUGCUAACGAGGAAAAACCGCAAAAACCUCGCCCGAAGGAACGCCACCAGCAGCGGUUGGAACAAAUGGAACAGGAGAAGGAAGAACUGGAGCAUAGUGUCACUGCUGCUGCCCUAAGCUUUGAAACGAUCCAGGUGGGAAUGCUGGUUAUGGGCUGCGUGUAUAAAGUGCAGAAGAUGGAGGUAACCAUUUCACUUCCUGGUCGGCUGUUUGGAACGGUUCCAUUACUGGGAAUAUCCGAAACAUACAGCGAUCGUUUACGUUGCUUGGUAGUGAAGGCCAAUACAACCGAAGAAGAGGCUCGCUGUCCGGGUCUGAAAGAAAUCUAUCAAGCCGGUGAAUUGGUGUAUGUAAAAAUCAAAGAAAAGCAUGAUAAGGACAAACGGCUUGAGUUGACGCUAAACCCGAAAGAGCUGCACAGUGAGUUUCACCGUGAGCAUCUGGUCGAGGGAUUGAUUUUAAGUGCCACCAUACAGGACGAGGAAGAUUACGGCUACCUGAUGGAUAUUGGCAUUAACAACGUUCGAGCAUUUCUACCUACAGCAAAUAUUUGCAAAAAUCAGAUGGAAAUUGGGACGAACAUUUAUUGUAAAAUUGAAAAAAUAACUUCAAAAACGAAGACCUCAUGUGUCGUCAUUUUGAAAGCGUUUAAACCAACCGAACCACGGAAGUUGAAGGUAGAAAAAGCUAACAUCGAUGCCCUUGUACCGGGAUCCGUAGUAACAUUCACGGUGGAAACGGUCCUAUCAAACGGUUUACAGGGAACGUUAUUUGACGAUACCGUACCAGCUUUCGUGAACGAAAAUAUGCUGGAGAAACCGCUCUCAAAACUGUCUAACUACGCGCUUUUCCGCCAGGUUCAGGCACGCAUUUUGUACGUCAUGCCACUGACCAAGCACAUUUUCCUUACGUUGGCCAACUAUGACUGCAACAAGGCCACGGUGAGCGAUCCAGUGGAACCCGGAACUAUCAUUCCUGAUGCUAAAAUAAUUCACACAAGCCCUAAGGGAGUGUGGUUCCAGAUUGGCAAGAAAUUCAAAGGUUUACUGCCGAAACAUAUAAUACGAAACAAGUACGAGCAGAACUACGACGAGAGCGUAGUGAUGGCCAAAUAUCAGGUAAAUUCCUUACACAAGGUUCGCAUUAUCCGUUACGAAGCGCUCGAUCGCACCAUGAUUGUGACGGAUGAUGAAAAGUAUCUCGAAAUCAAGUAUUUCACCGUUGGCGACCUGAUGAUUGGCGAUAUUUAUGACUGCCGAAUCGUCAAGGAGCUGGACAACAAUCGAGGUUUCAUGGUUUCGGUAGGCAACGUAAAAGGGCUGCUGACGGCGCACGAUUUUGAACCACGCCCAGCGCUUGCGGUGAAUCGAACCGUAAAACUUCGUUUGAUCUCGUGCGAGGAAGAUCGCAGGAUGGCCCAUUUCUCGAAUCGUUCGGAAUUUAUGAAAAAAUCCGCAAAGUUGCUGAAGGAUAGAGAGAAUGUUACGGUGGGUCGGUCCUAUCUGGGAAUGGUGAUCAAGGAGCAGGAGAAGUACUUUGUGGUUGCCUUUUGUAAUAGAAUCACCGGGAUUAUGUUUAAAUUUUGUCGGGAAGUGGCUCAAGAUCAGGAGCAAAUUGAUCGUUUGAAAGUUGGAUCUUGUGCGUUGUUUAAUGUGCGCGAGGUGACGGAAAAUGGGCAAAAAAUUACACUUUCGAUUCCGCUCAUUUCUGGCAGGGACAAGCUAGGCCAUACUGCGCUGGCAACCGUGACCGGUGUCUACGCUACUGGAGCGGAUGUAUACCUUGUGAAGGAAAAUGAAACGGGCGUAAUUCCUCCGGAAACGUACUCGGAUUUUCCCGAACACAACGCCAUCUUCCAAAGUGUAUUGGGUGAAGGGGAUAAACUGACGGUGGUGAACAUGAAGGAAAACGUUUACAGCUGCCGGGAUGUUCUUUAUUUCCGACGCAAGCCUACCCAGGUUAAGGACGUAAAGCUUGGUCAGAUACUGCGUGCCUACUGUCAGGGCACUAAUUCCAAGGAUGAUAGGAUACUAUUUCAGUUAGCGUUGAAAGAUUAUCCCCGAGUGAUAAGCUUGCGAAAGAAAGAAUUUUCCAAGCAUGUACAGGGUGUGCAGAUCGACCACGGGCAGGUUGUGCUGGUGAAAGUUACUACGAGAAUUCCGAAAGACAAUGGGGUGCUGCUGCGUGUUUCGGCCAAGUUGAAGGAUGUUUGCUUGCAAGGAGUGGACGAAGUCGUACGGUAUGUACGGUCGUACUUGAUGGAUGUCAAGGGACUGCUGGAAAGGUUUAAGUUGCGCGGUAAGGCAUUUGCCAAUUAUGAUAUUGGUCAGGUGGUAACAUGCAUAGUGGAAAGUUUUGUUGAUAAUACAAACAAGAAAACAGCGGUAGUACGACUAGGUGAGGAUGAGGCAUCUGCAAAGGGAAUCGCUAACGUAGAUGGCGACUGCAAAGUUGGUGAUGAGCUGAAGGGUCGCGUCACUUGGACGGACGUUGAACGACAACUUGUUCACGUUUGUGUGACGAAAAAAUAUCUCAAACACGUGGUGGAUAAAGAAUCAUGGGAACCAGCGGACGGGUUCCUAGAUGUUGAUAAUCCGAGGGAAUUUAUUACAUUAUUCAGUAACAACUACGUCGCGGUGGGCUGUCUACGCAAAGUAGAAUGUCCCUUAGUAAUUGUACCGGUGAAAUGCCAUUACAAUGACUUUGAGCCGAUUCAGGUUCCGAAGAAAACACGAGCAGUUAUGGUGGAAGUAGCGCAAGAAUGCGUGUUCGGUUUGAUCGAGGAAAGUUUCGAAAAGUAUAAGGAUUUGAAAUUUUCACCGGAGGCGAGAAUUCGUCCGGAAUCAGAUAAACUUUGCUGGUUGCCGGACGACUAUGAGGAACCCAUUCUAGAAGAAAAAGAAGACGAAGAGGAUAGUAACGAGGAACAGGUCAAUGAUGUCAAAGUUGGAAGCAACAGUGAUUCUGGUAUCGAUAAAGCUCUUCGUUCUUCAUUUUCAGAUGACGAGGCGCAAGAGAAGCCGGUGGAGAAAUCAAUCAAAAAAUCUAGAAAGAAACAAAAGAAACGAAAGAAAGCAGAACCCGGAAAACUUCUCAGGAUGAACGCUGCUGCCGGACCAUCACCGGGAAAAGUUCUCAAGCCAAACAAAAAAAGAAAGAAAGCCGCUAUCAAAAAGGUAACCCCCACAAUUCCCCUCGUUAUCAGUCAACUGGAUGGUGCGGACGACCGACUCGUGUUCAGCAAGAAAGACAAGCCCUCCAGGCCUGGCAAACAUAAUAAAAAACAAGCAAAGUCUUUUUUUGGCCCACGCCCGACUGCUAAAGCUGUUGAGAAUAUCAAAACUAGCAUCAGUCAGUCGGGCUCCGCUCAGCUACAGUCGCUUCAGGAGCAGCAUAAAAUGCAAGAAACCGUAUUUGGCAGAAAACGUUCGAAGCAAACGGCAAAAGAUUGCCUGCCGGGACCAGCGAAUUUUUGGGCCAGCUCGAAGUCCACCGCCGAACGAAAUGCUGCAAGCGAAUCGAGCGACGACGAAGACAUCGUCGAGAAUCAACCGAAGAAGCGACUCACCGGUAAGGAACGGUUCGAAGCCAUGAAGCAGGAAGAGAAACGUAUCCGGCAAAUCGAGGAAGAACUUGCCGACGCUACGGUAGACCCGCAAACACCGGACCAAUUCGAUCGGUUGGUUCUUUCCCAGCCGAAUAAUAGUCUGCUCUGGAUUCGGUACAUGGUGCUGCACAUGGAGUCUGCCGAAACGGAAAAGGCACGCGCCGUGGCACGCAAAGCUCUGCAGACCAUCAACUUCCGCGAGGAAGCGGAACGGCUGAACGUUUGGAUCGCCUUACUCAAUCUUGAGCUUCGCUACGAAACAGUUGAGAAGUUUAAGGAAGUUUUGGCGGAAGCAAUACAGUACAACGAUUCCUACAAAGUGUAUUCACGCGUCACCGAGGUAUUGAUCGAUUGUGGCAAGGUUCCGGAGGUUCUCGAAGUCAUCGACAUUCUGCAGAAGCGUUUCCGUAAGCAGCCGGAAAUGUGGCUUUUGAUUGCGGACUGUUACUACAAAAUAGGACACACGACGAAGGUAAAACCACUGCUUAGUAAAGCCCUCAAAUCACUGGAGAAUAAAGAACACAUCCCGUUGAUAGUGAAGUUCGCUUUCCUACACAACCGCAACGGCGACCGAGACGAGGCGCACUUGCUGUUCGAGCAGAUUCUUACUUCGUAUCCCAAGCGAACCGACAUUUGGUCACAGUACGUGGACCUACUGGUCAAGGACGGCCUGGUCGAGGCGGCCCGCCAAACCUUAGAUCGGGCUAUCGUGCAACGGCUACCGAUGCGAAACAUGAAAACCCUAUACACCAAGUAUGUAGCUUUCGAGGAAAAGCACGGUGAUCGCGACUCAGUCCGGAAGAUCAAACAGAUGGCCGCUGACUAUGUCAAGCAGCAGCUUAGUGCGAAUGGUGAGGACCGGAAGAAUUGAAAUUGAAGUUGUACAUCCUUUUCGGUUAUUUUAUUGAAACGCUAUAAUAAAU